AGAAAAAACAAACAUCUUUCAUACACCGACACUUGAACAGCUGACCUGACUUAACACACGUAGAGGCUCUGACAGUGUAAUUGGCUACCACAAUGCUGACCACCCACCUUCUCCUUGUGCAGGUCAGUGCCGCCCUGAUCUGUGACGCCACUGCUGGAAAUGGUGAAUCCGCAUCAGACACAGAGGUAUUUUAUUGUUGCUCAUAAUGUUCCUUUACAAGAGACAGGUAUUUUAUUGUUGCUCAUAAUGUUCCUUUACAAGAGACAGGUAUUUUAUUGUUGCUCAUUAUGUUCCUUUACAAGAAACAGGUAUUUUAUUGUUGCUCAUUAUGUUCCUUUACAAGAGACAGGUAUUUUAUUGUUGCUCAUUAUGUUCCUUUACAAGAGACAGGUAUUUUAUUGUUGCUCAUUAUGUUCCUUUACAAGAGACAGGUAUUUUAUUGUUGCUCAUUAUGUUCAUUUACAAGAAACAGAGGUAUCUUAUUGUUGCUCAUGAUGUUCAUUUACAAGAGACAGGUAUUUUAUUGUUGCUCAUUAUGUUCAUUUACAAGAAACAGAGGUAUCUUAUUGUUGCUCAUUAUGUUAAUUUACAAGAAACAGAGGUAUCUUAUUGUUGCUCAUUAUGUUCCUUUACAAGAAACAGAGGUAUCUUAUUGUUGCUCAUUAUGUUCCUUUACAAGAAACAGAGGUAUCUUAUUGUUUCUCAUUAUAUUCAUUUACAAGUGACAGGUAUUUUAUUGUUGCUCAUUAUGUUCAUUUACAAGAGACAGGGGUAUCUUAUUUUUGCUCAUUAUGUUCAUUUACAAGAAACAGAGGUAUCUUAUUGUUGCUCAUUAUGUUCCUUUACAAGAAACAGAGGUAUCUUAUUGUUGCUCAUUAUGUUCCUUUACAAGAAACAGAGGUAUCUUAUUGUUGCUCAUUAUAUUCAUUUACAAGUGACAGGUAUUUUAUUGUUGCUCAUUAUGUUCAUUUACAAGAGACAGGUAUUUUAUUGUUGCUCAUUAUGUUCAUUUACAAGAAACAGAGGUAUCUUAUUGUUGCUCAUUAUGUUCCUUUACAAGAAACAGAGGUAUCUUAUUGUUGCUCAUUAUGUUCCUUUACAAGAAACAGAGGUAUCUUAUUGUUGCUCAUUAUAUUCAUUUACAAGUGACAGGUAUUUUAUUGUUGCUCAUUAUGUUCAUUUACAAGAGACAGGUAUUUUAUUGUUGCUCAUUAUGUUCAUUUACAAGAAACAGGUAUUUUAUUGUUGCUCAUUAUGUUCCUUUACAAGAGACAGGUAUUUUAUUGUUGCUCAUUAUGUUCCUUUACAAGAGACAGGUAUUUUAUUGUUGCUCAUUAUGUUCAUUUACAAGAAACAGAGGUAUCUUAUUGAUGCUCAUUAUGUUCAUUUACAAGAGACAGGUAUCUUAUUGUUGCUCAUAAUGUUCCUUUACAAGAAACAGGUAUUUUAUUGUUGCUCAUUAUGUUCCUUUACAAGAGACAGGUAUUUUAUUGUUGUUCAUAAUGUUCCCUUUACAAGAAACAGAGGUAUCUUAUUGUUGCUCAUUAUGUUCCUUUACAAGAGACAGGUAUUUUAUUGUUGCUCAUUAUGUUCAUUUACAAGAGACAGGUAUUUUAUUGUUGCUUAUAAUGUUCCUUUACAAGAAACAGCGGUAUCUUAUUGUUGCUCAUAAUGUUCCUUUACAAGAAACAGGUAUUUUAUUGUUGCUCAUUAUGUUCCUUUACAAGAGACAGGUAUUUUAUUGUUGCUCAUAAUGUUCCUUUACAAGAGACAGGUAUUUUAUUGUUGCUCAUUAUGUUCCUUUACAAGAGACAGGUAUUUUAUUGUUGCUCAUUAUGUUCCUUUAUAAGAGACAGGUAUUUUAUUGUUGCUCAUAAUGUUCCUUUACAAGAGACAGGUAUUUUAUUGUUGCUCAUUAUGUUCCUUUACAAGAGACAGGUAUUUUAUUGUUGCUCAUAAUGUUCCUUUACAAGAAACAGGCAUUUUAUUGUUGCUCAUAAUGAUCCUUUACAAGAGACAGGUAUUUUAUUGUUUCUCAUAAUGUUCCUUUACAAGAGACAGGCAUUUUAUUGUUGCUCAUAAAGUUAAUUUACAAAAAAUCAGAGGUAUUUUAUUAUUGUUCAAAACGUUCAUUUACAAGAAACAGGGGUAUUUAUUAUUUAAAUUCGGCUUAAUGCUAUUUAUUGUUAAAAUGACUAACUACCUAUAAAACACAUUGGAUCAUCCAGUCCCAAAUUCUGCACUCGAACAAACUAUAUCGUGUUCAUACAAUUAAAAAUUACACAUGUAAUUAAUCUACACAAUAAUUUAUCAGACGGUACAUAUUAGUUACGGCAUAAAAAACAUACGAACAAGAAUGAGGUCUACUAAUAAUAUCGGGCGCUCGUAUACCAACACAUUGAUUAUUUCAAGAGCUGGUGAUAGCUCUGCCUUUAUGCAUGUCUCGGGUAUUUUUUAGAUGCAUUCCACAUAAAUGUUAAUAUUUAUAGAAGAAAAAAAUUGCGAGCUUAUAUGAACAUUUCUACACAUCAAUACAAACGAGCGUUCAUAGACUCGUGUAGUUAACAUGAUCCACCUGUGUGUGUUUCUUGAAAUAGUUUAUUUUCAGGAAUGAACCUCGACUGGUAACUCAUGUUGCAGUAAUAUCUUUAACUUACGUAUGGGGAAUGUCACGCAAGACACACGAGCCUCAAUUAAUGCAUCUACGCGAACAUCUCGCGGCAGUCAUUUCACUGAUUCGCACAUUUAUACUUGAGAUAUGUUAACAAGCGUAGUUCAAACUAGUUAUGUUAAUAAUCUUUUGUUUGUUUUGUAGACCGCUGUUUCGUUUUUAGAAAUCAGACUUUUAACCGGCUACCGGUUUAUUAUUAUUUUUUUUUUUUACAAUGCAUUUGCGAAUGUUUGACAGAGCACAGAAAAUAUUGAACUAUGUUAUAAGAAUCAAAAGCUGAGGUUGAAAUUUAAUUUUUAGAACAGUUAAACGCAACUCUGAUUUUGAUACCGCACUUGACCUAUUUUAUGACCAGUGACCAAAAAAAACUGUGGCAAGGCGAUCCGCACUGUGGCAAAGAUGUAAAACUGUGAUCCACGGCAGGACACCCGCCUGCAAAGACAAGGCGGACAAAAUUUCCUCCCUAGUGGCUGACAGCAAGUUUUUUUGUAAACGUUAAGUUUGUUAAGACGCGCGAAGCGAGGGCAUGUUUUGUACAUCAUACUGUAGAGUACAUGUUUUGUACAUCAUACUGUAGGUACAUGUUUUGUACAUCAUACUGUAGAGUACAUGUUUUUUACACCAUACUGUAGAGUGCAUGUUUUGUACACCAUACUGUAGAGAGCAUGUGUUGUACAUCAUACUGUAGAGUGCAUGUUUUGUACAUCAUACUGUAGAGUACAUGUUUUGUGCAUCAUACUGUAGAGUACAUGUUUUGUACAUCAUACUGUAGGUACACGCUUUGUACAUCAUACUGUAGAGUACAUGUUUUGUACAUCAUACUGUAGAGUACAUGUUUUGUACAUCAUACUGUGGGUACAUGUUUUGCACAUCAUACUGCAGAGUACAUGUUUUGUACAUCAUACUGUAGAGUGCAUGUUUUGUACAUCAUACUGUAGAAUGCAUGUUUUGUACACCAUACUGUAGAGUACAUGUUUUGUACAUCAUACUGUAGAAUGCAUGUUUUGUACAUCAUACUGUAGAGUACAUGUUUUGUACACCAUACUGUAGAGUUCAUGUUGUGUGUGGCUGGACACAAAAAGAAGUUUUUUGGGAGUGCGCUCUUUUGAAGCAAUAGCGCCUAAAUUAUGGAACAGUUUGCUUCAGCCUUUGAGGGAAAUUAAAAAUGAUUUUAACAAUCAAUUAAGGGGCAUUUAAAGACAUUUUUCUUUAAAUAGAGUUUAUGACACCAGGGCGCUUUGAGCAUGCUGGAAUAGCAUGCAUACAAGCUCUAUACAAGUAAUCAAAUCAUCAAAUUCUUUCUUUAUUAGACGGCUUCACGCCGUGUUGGGGGUUUACAACACAGCUCGAGAUGUGCCACCUUCUUGCCACUCUACAACAGUCUGACCUGUGGUCACUGCUGUGAACGAUUCUUGCGUGCCGCCACCUUCAUUGAUUUAAAGAUGGGACGCUUUUAAAAGAGUGUGUGUCCAUCAGAACAAACGAUCGACACUAUUAUGAUUCUCAACAUCUAGCCACGAGAGACCGCAAGUUCAGGACCUAUGAUGUUUCAAGACUGUAGGUCAUUACGAGAGACCACCAUUUUCAGGACCUAUGUUACCAGACUGUAGGUCAUUACGAGACACCACAAAUUCAGGACCUAUAUUACCAGACUAUGGGUCAAUACGAGAGACCACCAUUUCAUGACAUGUGUUUCCAGACUGAAGGUCAUUACGAGAGACCAGAACUCCAGCACAUAUUUUCCAGACUGUAGGUCUUUUGCGUACCAUCUUGAAAUUUGCUUUAAACUAGUAUUUUUUAAAGGGUCGUCUCGCCGUAUAUUUACUUGGAAAGCACUUAACUAGUACCACUGAUAAAAUUGUAUCUAAUCUUUUCUCUUUCUUAAGGUUCCUGACGAAUUUGACGACACUGACUAUUGGAACGCCUAUGAAUGGAACGAUUAUGAUAAUGAUGGAGAUGGUGAGCAGUCAGGUGGGCCAGGUGAAAGGACAGAGAGAUCCCCAAGUAAACCAAAUGAGAGGAUGGAGAAAUCACCAAGUAGACCAAAUGAGAGGAUAGAGAGAUCACCAAGUAAACCAAAUGAGAGGGUGGAGAGAUCACCAAGUAAACCAAAUGAGAGAAUGGAGAGAUCACCAAGUAAACCAAAUGAGAGGAUGGAGAGAUCACCAAGUAAACCAAAUGAGAG